CUGGCUGGCUGGCCGGCGAACACCUUCCCCGGCGGGGCUAUGGCUCCGGCGAGGCUCCAGCUCGGGUUCCUUGGCGCCUUCUGGGUCUGGCUGGGCUCCCUGAUGGGCGGAGGAUUGGCUGAGGAUGCCCAGAGGCCCAUCCGUGAAGGCUUAAAUGUUCUCUUUGUGGUGGUGGAUGACUUGCGCCCUGCCUUGGGGUCUUACGGGGACCCCCUGGUGAGAUCACCCAACAUUGAUCAGCUGGCUUCCAGAAGCAUGGUGUUCCAGAAUGCUUUUGCCCAGCAAGCUGUCUGUGCCCCAAGCAGAGUCUCCUUCCUCACAGGCCGCCGACCAGAUUCCACCAGGCUGUAUGACUUCAACUCGUACUGGCGAACCCACGCAGGAAACUUCACCACAUUGCCGCAGUACUUCAAGGAAAACGGCUACAUCACCAUGUCCAUUGGGAAGGUGUUCCACCCAGGCAUCUCCUCAAACCACAGUGACGAUUAUCCGUACAGUUGGUCCUUUCCGGCUUUCCACCCGUCUUCUGAAAAAUACGAGAACACGAAGGUUUGCAAAGGCAAAGAUGGAAAGCUUCACGCCAAUUUGAUCUGUCCUGUGGAGGUUGCCGAGAUGCCCGAGGCUACUUUGCCAGAUAUCCAGAGUACCGAGGAGGCCAUCCAUUUGUUGAAGAGUCUGCAGGGAAUCAAGAGGAAGUUUUUUCUGGCUGUCGGCUAUCAUAAACCCCACAUCCCAUUCAGAUACCCUCGGAAAUUUCUCAAAUUGUACCCGUUGGAAAAUGUCACCUUGGCUCCUGACCCAGCAGUUCCUAAAAAACUUCCUUCCGUCGCCUACAAUCCCUGGACAGACCUAAGGCGGAGAGAGGACGUGGCUGCCUUCAAUCUCAGUUUCCCUUAUGGGCCCAUUCCAGAACACUUCCAGCGGAAGAUUCGCCAGAGUUAUUUUGCCUCCGUCUCCUACGUCGAUACCCUGGUGGGAAAGUUGUUGAAUGCCCUGGAUGAGGCAGAGCUAUCUCACAACACCAUGGUGGUUUUCACCGCGGACCACGGCUGGUCAUUGGGUGAGCAUGGCGAGUGGGCGAAAUACAGCAACUUUGACGUAGCCACCCGAGUGCCACUGAUGUUCUAUGUGCCAGGAGUGACAACUCCAAUCUCUUAUCCAGGACAGAAACUUUUCCCAUUCAUUGACCCCUUUGCUCAAGAUUCCUGCUCUGGGCUUCCAGGAAAACCCAAAGAAAUAGUUGAGUUGGUGUCUCUCUUCCCGACGCUUGCAGAACUGGUUGGACUGGCCGUUCCACCUGCGUGUCCUCAGCCCUCCUUCCACGUGCCUCUUUGCAGUGAAGGGAAGAGCUUGGCGCAGUACUUCCCAUCCUCCAGCGGGGAGAAGAAGAACCAUGGCUCCAAACGAAAAGAAACCCCGGUUGCCUUCAGCCAGUACCCGCGUCCGGGAGACAUCCCUGCGCCGAAUUCUGAUUUGCCGUUACUUCAAGAUAUACGAGUCAUGGGCUAUUCCAUCCGUACGGAUGAUUGCAGGUGUACUGUCUGGUUUGGGUUUAAUCCCAACAACUUCACGGUCGACGUGAAAGAUAUCCAUGGGGGAGAACUGUAUUUUGAGAAAAGUGACCCCAAUGAAGAUCAUAACCGGUACAACGAAUUCCUGCGUGGAUUCCCGCUUCCGAAGCGUUGUCCUCUAGUCGAUUGUUUGAAAUUGGGGGUCAAUUCAGUGAACCUCUGCUAAGGCAUUGACCUCCCUGUGGCUCAUGUGUAUGUCCUGCUUUGUGUUAUAUACACAAAGACGCCUCCAAGGGUGACCAUUUUUGUAUCAAAAGGUUUUAAAUGCUGAUAUAAGAAUACAUUUGAAUAUGUAUAUAUAUAUGUUCAUGAAAA